AUGCCACGUCAUCCCGAGGUGUACGAGCCGUGCGACGACUCCUUCGCCCUCGCCGAUGCCAUCACCGCAGACAUCGCCCGGUUUUACCCGUCGUUUGCAACCUGCGCCAGCAACAACAGUCCGUCAUCCGACCAAAUCCUUCCGUCAUCGUCCAUCUCACACAAAUCCCCCGCGUCCCCACCCCCGCAUUCGUCCACGUCGUCCCAUCCUCCACAUGCCCACAUGAUCUCCUCCGGCAUUCCGUCGUUUCCUGCUCUGGUUGUCGAGCUGGGGUCCGGUAGCGGCUUUGUGCUUACAUCAGUGGCUCUCGCCCUCCGCGCCCUCUCUGCUCCUUCUGCCCCCGCGGUCAUCUCUGGCAGCAGCAGUGCUGCUAUUAGUGCUGGCGGUGCUGAUGCUGCUGGUAGGGGUCCUGGCAAUGGUGCUGCUGCUGCCGUCUCCCUCGCCUCUCAGGCCGCAUUUCUCGCAGUGGACAUCAACCCCCAUGCCGCAGACAUCACCCGACAAACCCUAGCAGCCCACUGCAUUCCAGCAGACGUUCUUUUAUCAGAUCUCGGAUCGGCCCUUAAACCGAGAAUGGCAGGCCAAGUAGACAUUCUCAUCUUCAACCCGCCAUACGUCCCAACUUCACCACAAGAAGUCCGCCGUCCGGGAAUCACGCAAGCUUGGGCGGGAGGGGAUCGCGGGAGGGAGGUAAUAGACCGAGCUUUGGAGGUUUCGACAAAGCUGUUGUCCCCCAGAGGGGUGUUUUACCUGCUUGUUGUGGCGGAGAAUGACCCUGAAGAGGUGGUGGGGAGAAUGAGAGGGUUGGGAUUUGAAGGAGAGCAGCUGCUGAGGAGAGGGACGGAAGAGGAGGUUAUAUUGCCGGAGGACCACGUCACGCUCCUCAAUGUCCGACCCACUCGCGCCACGAUUCUUCCCACGCGCACAGACCUGUCGGCAUCAUCAGGAGGGCAGGGUGAUGACGACGAUGGCUACAUGCUGGCAAUGGAGCAAAUCCUCGAUGACGUCAUUCACAAGGCGCACGAACGCUUCCCUGGUCUCAAGGUGGACAAGGCCAUCAAAUCGGGCGAUCCCAAGCACCUCAUUCUGGACGAGGUGGUCAUCAGGGAAGCUGCUGCGCUCGUCAUGAGUUCCCGGGGGCUCAGUCCGGUUCAGAGGGCCUUCCUUGGCUCGAUCAGCGAUUACUGCUCUCGUAAUGCAGAGUGUCCUGUGAUUGUUGUGAGAGGCAAACCAGCCCACUGA